AGACCGUUUGUCUAUAUAGCAUUUCAAAUUUAUACCACAAGGAAUGUUUGUGUUAUCAAUGUUUUAUUUACUCGAAUAGGAUGAGAAAUUAGCCCGGAAUUGUUAGUUGUUUUCCAUUGGAAAGAGUAAAGAAUCCAGCUAACAAUCAUUUCAUGACGGAGCAUUUGAAAACGAACUGCCAAAUAUGAAAUCCACGUGUGAGGGAAACAAACAAGAUAAUUUUACUAAGGGACUUAUUAACGGGCGACACCGUCAGUCUGUCUGUGAGUCUUAACAGUGUCUAGUGCUCUACUAUUUCAAAAUUUCAUCUUCGAUUAAAGCCUGAAAAAAUCAAACUGGGAGGUUCAUCUAAUUUGUUUUUAACAAAUUGGAUUUGACAAGAGGAGAUUUUUGAAAAUUCAGAGCUGUCACUCAUUUGUUGUGGUAUUUAAGCUUUUUUUUUUUUUUUUUCUAAAUCAUAAAUUAUAUUUGAAAAGCAGUUAAUCUCCACCAAAGAUGGAGAGAUCUGCUGGUGUUCCAUUCCACUAUGACAUGUAUGGGAUGCCCUUCCACCCAGCUCAUAGUCUUCAUCCUCAACGAAUGUCUCACAUUCCCGAGAAAUCAAUACACAAUACCCUGGCUUCCGCCAGCAAACAUUUCAGUCACAACAAUGAUCAUGCACUGGACACCCAGCGUAUGUUGCAAAGUCACUCUGUUGAGAAGUCACUGCACAGUGACCUGAGUCGGUCCCAGUACAGCCAUGGUCAUGUCUCUCACAGCAGCCACACAUCAAACCAUGCCCAGCAGCACCGAAUGAUGUCAAUCGCUGAGAAGUCUGUACAUCAACACAACAAUGAACUGACUAGCAAACACCUCCACCAUAGACAGAGUUCAUCUCAUUCUCAUACCUCGUCCGCAUCUCAUUCUUCACACAGUUCACAGAGGUUAUCACUUGCUGCUGACAAAUCUAUCCUCAACAGUGUAGGUAGUUCGUCUGGUAAGCACUAUUCACAUGAACAUGUGCAGGCCUCACAGAGAAUGUCGCACGAAAAGUCAUCUCAUAGUCCCAGCAUCAUGGGGAAACAGUUUUCUCAUGGAAACUCUCUUGAUGCUUCGAGGAUGUCACAUGUCCCUGAGAAAAAUAUUCACAACAGCAUCUCUAGUAAACAGAUCUCUUCCCACAGACAUAACCUGGAGAAGGAGAGAAUAGCAUCACCAGUUGACAAACCAGACAACAACAGCAACAGUGACCUGUCUGGGAGCCAGUUCUCCCAUGAGUCAACUAUAGAGAGCCAGAGACUGCCACUGCCCUAUAUUGGUCAGACAGUGUUUCCUGGUAACAAUAUGUACAGCAGCCAGUAUUCUCAGCCGUGUUACUUACCGACGACUGACAGAAUGCAGUCAAGCUUGGAGAGCGGACAAUCAUCUAAGGAGAGUUCUUCUCAAAAGAGCUCCACUGCUAGUAUUGAUAAAUCAUUCCAUGGUGAUGUGUCUCAAAAACAAUAUGGCCCGAACAAACUCUCGCAGAGCUCCGUAAAACAACAUCAACAGCAAGAGGAUGAUGAUGAAGAGGAGGACGAAGAUGAACAACCCCGUCAUUCUCAACCCCUCAAACAGCUCUUCUGCGAUUACUGCGGCAAGAAGUUUGCUCAGGAAUAUUUGAUGCACAUGCACCGAAGGAAACAUACUGGAGAGAAACCGUUCCAAUGCGACAUCUGUCACAGACAGUUCUCUCGCAGAGAUGUCCUAAAAAGACAUCGCAAAAACCACUUAGCAGAACCUAAAGCUCCAAUUAGCAGCAGUUUUCCAACAAUGUCAUCACCCCCGAUCCAAAGCCCUGAAGCUCAGUCCCCAAAGUAUCAACCUCACCUUCAAAUGCAGACUUCUUUAUCUCAAAAAAGCAAUUCCAGCAGUUAUCAAGGAGUCUCACCUGAUAUUCCUAGAUUUGAAGAUCUUCAUAAUGUCUCAGGUGGGAAGAAGUUUUACUUUUGUGACAUUUGCCACAAGCAGUUUGCCCAGCGCUACUACUUAGCCAUACACCGAAGAUCUCACACUGGCGAGAAACCAUUUCAAUGUGACUUCUGCAUUCAGAGGUUUUCCAGAAAAGAUACGUUAAAGAUCCAUCGUAGAACGCACACUGGUGAAAUGCCAUUCCAAUGCGAUGUUUGUCCUGAAAAGUUUUCGCAGAGAAUUAAACUCCAGAUGCACAAAAAGACACAUAUUAGCAAGAAGAAGUACCAGUGUGACAUCUGCCACAAACAGUUUGCCCAACGCUAUUACCUGCGCACUCACAUGACCAUACAUACUGGAGAAAAACGGAACCAGUGUGACAUUUGUCUCAAGCAGUUUGCCCAAAGGUACUAUCUGCAAAUCCACAAGAGGCUUCAUACAGGAGAGAAACUCCUUCAUUGCGAUGUCUGCUUGAAAAAGUUCACCCAGAAGCAUUAUUUGGUUAUUCACAAAAGAACUCACACUGGCGAAAAGCCAUACCAAUGUGAUUUUUGUAUCCAGAAAUUUGCACGCAAAACUACACUUCAGAUUCAUCGACGGACUCACACGGGAGAGAAACCUUUCCAUUGUGACCUCUGUCCUGAACAGUUUGCUCAGAGCAACAAACUACGAGCCCAUAAGAAGCUUCAUGAGAAGGUUUCUCAGAAACGUACCUAUGUUACCACCAUCACUUCGAUAAAAGGUGAUACGACAAAGAAACAUUACCAGUGUGAUGUUUGUAUGAAGCUGUUUGCCCAGAGGCAUUAUCUGCAGGUUCACAAAAGGUCUCACACCGGAGAGAGACCGUUCCAAUGUGAGAUUUGUUUCAAACAGUUUGCUCAGAGAAACACAUUACAGAUACACAAGAGAACACACACAGGAGAGAAACCAUUCCAGUGUGAAGUCUGCCUCAAGAACUUUGCCCACAAACACUACCUGCAAUUGCAUAAAAGAACCCACACUGGGGAGAAACCGUUUCAGUGUGACUUCUGCUUCAAGCAAUUUGCACAGAGGAAUUCCCUCCAUAUCCACCGCAGAACACAUACAGGAGAACGACCGUUCCAGUGUGACUUCUGUUUCAAAACAUUUGCCCAGAAACAUUACCUACGGCUACACAAACGGACCCAUACAGGUGAGAAGGCCUUCCACUGUGACUUGUGCCCUAAACACUUUGCUAGGAGCGACACACUACAUCGCCACAAGAAGACCCACAACAAGACUGCCAGUAAACCUCCAAAGACUUCUUCAAACUCCAUCAACAAAACAGUUGAAGAAUUUCCUCCUAUGAGUACUUAUUUGUGGCAACUGUGAUCUGACGGCAAUUAAUGCCAAACAAUGGCCUACAUUGCAUACCUGUGUUUGAUAAAUUCAUUUUUUAUUACAAGAUCCUAUAUCUUUAUUUUGUGUCUGUGUGUGUGUGAUAAAACAUUUACAAAUCUA